AUGUCGCACAAGCGACCUGGCUCGCCCGCGCCUGAACCUACAGAAACAGUGCUCUCUCGGACGCGGUCGCACGGCCCGCUCAAGCACAUAGAGUUGCACGGCUAUUUCGUGCCUUACGACGCGCGUGGAACCGGCCGGGAACUGGGACAUUAUACGCCUUCACGUCUUGAUAUCAUCAACUACUACGACAUAUCAGCGAAUACCCCAUUCUCCAGACGUGGGGGCCUUGACGCCAUGGGUGGACCUGUCAGCAUGUGGACGGGAAAGCCCACUCUCAACAUCAGCCUGAGGAUGAGGGCGGAGCUGGUUUUAGCCGGUUUUAAGUGA